AUGCAAAGGAAACAUUGUGGUGCUGUUUAUACCUUCCUCCAACAGGCAAUCGGAGAGCCUCCCCUGUUCCUGUCGGCCAGCAUCUUCUUCGCGGUGAAGGAAGCCAUCGCGUCCGCCAGACAGGAGAGGAACUUGUCGAGGAUUUUCAAACUGGACUCCCCCGCCACGGCCGAAAGGAUUCGGAUGGCCUGCCAGGAUAAUUUCACAGACAAGGUGUGUUGCAGCUAUGGAGUUUUCACUCCAUUACCUAAUCUUCAUCUAUUUCCUUAUCAUCGACCUGUUCAUCUUCUUUCUAUCUGGUUCGAAGAAGAGGAACCGGGAACUUUCAAGCCUUGGUCCAUUCAAGUUUGACACUUUUUUUUACUUCCGUGUGGACCAUCGUCAGCCCCUAUCAGUGAUUUUUUGCAUUUGCUCUUUUAUGUUUUUACCUUGUCAUUCAA